AGUGUGGCUCUAGCCUGACGGGCCAUGAGCAAUGCAAAGCUGACAAGCGCCAGCCCGGCUGCUUUAAAACAGCUGGCAAAGCUCCAGAAGAGAAGGGAGCAACGAGAACAAUGGCCAGUUGAGCGACAAGAAGUUCGAUUACCUGCAAGUAGUGGUGCCCCACCUGUGCUGGAGCUAGAGGAUGUGGAUGACUGGCUUCAAUUGGUCCUAGACCACCGUCGGCUGCCUCCCAACGACAAGAACCCCAGCUCGCUGGCAGUGCUGGAGAGCUUGGGGAACACCUGUCCGGCCUCUUGCGGCCCGGGGGUGGAGACGGUGCGGCGCAUCUACGCAGACCCUGCGGCGCUGAAGGAGCAUCGCCGGCCGCGGCGGCGCCAGACGCUGCGGAGCUCGGACAACCCCGUGGGGCAGACGGUGCCCUGCGGCGCCCGCUACGAGGACACGCUGCCGGAGACCCGGCUGGCGCUUUCGCAGCCCGCCUUCUUCGAUCCGGAAGACCGCGACCGGGACCGGCCAGACCGGGGGGGUGUCUUCUUCCAGACCGAGGUGGAACUGGAAAGGCCGGAGAGGCCAGAGAGGCCGGAGAGGCCGGAGAGGCCGGAGAGGCCGGAGAGGCCGGAGAGGCCCUUGGCCAGCUCAGUGCCAACCCUGCCCAAGAUCUCCAAGGACGAGCUAGAGAUGUCAACAACUGUUGAGCUGAGGUCCUCCGCGUCUGAGAUGUGCUUCGAGCCACGACAAAACCAAGCGGACUUGGGGAAAAAGGAGAGCAAGGUACAAGCGCAUCGGCUUAUGAAGGCUUUCCACAAGGCUGUCGCUGGGAAGUCAGUGCUGAUUCUCACAGACAAGGGGGAGAUUAGGAAAUCAAUCAUGCGAAGCUUGCUGUGCGCAGCCAAUGAGAUGUCGAUUUGCUUUGCUCGCUCAACAACUGACCUUUGGAAGCGCUUGCGAGAGAAGGAGCCCCACCACGCCUUGAUUGUUGACAUGAGCAAGGCAGAUUUGGAGGUGGAAGGGCUUGUGAGAACUGUCCGAGCUGAUCCGCAGCAGGGAGACCUUCCCAUCAUCGUCCUCUCGGAUCCUCAAGUGGAGUUGCCGGAUCUGGUGCGCCAGAGCUGCAGCUUCGUCGUCUUCCACCCGGUGUCCUCAUCCAUGCUGCGGGAGGCGCUUCUCUGGUGCUUCAACCGCAGCGCUCUGCGACACCAGCGCUACUACUGGCCAGCCCCUGCCAAACCCACUGGGCAUACCGGGCAUUCAGGGCAUGCGGGGCAUGGGCACAAUGGGACUGGCACGCAUGUCGCAACUCUCAAUUUGGGAGUUCGGGCGAGGCAAAUCAAGUGCCAUUAGGGCACAGGCUAGAUGUGAGUUGCCGAGACAGCCACACAUAGCACCAGGACCUAGCCGCCAACCUUGAAGUCUUCGCGUUUCAUUGGGUUUCACGUUUCACUCUCAGUCUCACAUGUCUCACUCUUUCUGUGGUUGGAAGGCAGCUUCCAGGGCCGUGCCCUGCGAAAUGCUGCUUGGCUCGUUGCAAGACUUCAGCCGCACUUCG